AUGUCGUCCGGCAUCGGCUCGCUCUUCUCGUCGCUCUUCGUGUACCUGCGCUCGCUGCUGUUCGCCAAGCACCUCGAGAUCUGCGUGGUGGGCCUCCAGGCGGCGGGCAAGACGUCGCUCGUCAACCUGCUCUCGUCCGGUCAGUUUGCAGACGAGAUGGUGCCCACCGUCGGAUUCAACAUGCGCAAGGUGCGCUCCGGCAACACCACCAUCAAGGUGUGGGACAUUGGCGGCCAGCCGCGCUUCCGCAGCAUGUGGGAGCGUUACUGUCGAGGCGUAUCCGCCAUCGUCUUUGUCGUCGACUCCUCCGUGCCCCUUCCCUCCUCCACAUCCAAGCAGACCGCAGCAUCGGCGUCGACAUCACCGCCUGCGCACUCAGACGCACCGCCAUCCGCGGCAGCUUCGGCACAGAAGGUCGACGCGGCUACGGGAGCGAGCACAGCAAGUCCGUCGGCUUGGACUGUGGCGACAGAAGAGCUGCAUGCGUUGAUCGAGCGCCCCCAUCUCGCCGGCGUGCCGCUGCUCGUGCUCGCAACCAAGAACGACAUCAAGGGCGCCGCACGCGUAGACGACGUCAUCCGCGUCAUGAAGCUCGACACCAUCGCGAAUAGGGAGGUCAGCUGCUACAGCAUCAGCUCCAAGAACCAGGUCAACAUCGACGUCACCCUCAAGUGGCUCGUGGCAAGGAGCCCUGCCGGCCAGCGAUGA